AUGAACUGUCACUUACAAAGAUAUUUCAUAGUAAAGUAUUUACAUAAUAUUUAUUUUCAGGUACUAACAGAAUAUAAUCAUUAAGCACAACACAUGUAUUUAUUUAAGCUAUCACGAUUUUGUAGGACAUCGAUUAUAAACAAAACGACCGCCUUCAACAUCUUUCUAUUUAUAAUAUCCCUUUGUUUCAUCAUCUUUAUAUGCCUUAUUCAACUAAUAAGGAGAGACUACGCGUCCGUCAGUGAACGUACCAGACAAGAGGCACUGGACAAUGUUGCGAAAUAUCUAAAACGUAUUUAUGAAUUGAGAAAAAAGUAUCUGCUCAGAAAAGAUCUUAAAUUUAUUUUAUUAUGGACAGCAAAAGAUAUAGCACCGUUCUAUUAUUUCGGUGAAGGACAACAUGUAUUCAUUAAAAAUAAAUGUUCGAUGAUGAACUGCUUUGUUACUGAUGAUAAGAACUUCUUCGGUGGUGAUUUAAAAAAAUUCGAUGCCAUAGCAUUUAAUGGUAGAAAUAUCAGCACUCUAUCGAAAUAUAAGCUUCCGAAAGUACGAUCACCACAUCAGAAAUACAUUUAUUUCAACGUUGAGUCGUCUGAUAAUUAUCCAGUUUGCAGCAGUAUGUUUGAAGGGUUUUUCAACUGGACAGCGACGUAUAAAUUCAAUUCUGAUAUAUUGUUUACUUAUGUACAGAUAAGAAAUCGCAGUAAUGAAAUUGUUGGACCAAAGAAGAACAUGGAAUGGGUGAAAGAUAUGUCAUUUAGAAAUGAUUUUUCUAUAGUGCAAAAUAAGACUAGAGCAGUUGUUUGGCUUGUGUCCAAUUGUUACAGCAGAAGUGGAAGGGAGGAAAUUGUUUGGCACCUCCAAAAGUAUUUGAGACAAUAUAAAUUAAAAUUAGAUAUAUAUGGAUUUUGUGGUCCCUACAAAUGUCCUAGAGAUUUUAUGGAUACCUGUCUCGACAUGUUAGGGAAAAAUUAUUACUUUUAUUUGGCUUUAGAGAAUUCAUUCGCAGAAGAUUAUGUGACUGAAAAAAUUCUAUCAGCUCUAAAUCAUAAUAUGGUACCUAUUGUGUACGGCGGAGCAGAUUAUUCAAGGUUUUUACCUCCAAAUACUUACUUGGAUGCUCUGCAAAUGAGGCCUAAAGAGUUAGCUGCAACCAUAGCGCAAUUGAUGACUUCACCAGAGCAGUAUAGUCAGUAUUUUUGGUGGAAAUCUCAGUACACAUACGCAUACCCACAGACUAUGGACAACGUGUGUGCAGUGUGUGCCGCGCUUAAUAAUAAAACUAUGAUGCAGAAAAGAACAGUUUACGAUGAUUUUAGGAUCUGGUGGAAUCCUAGUUAUAGAAUACGAUGUAAAUAUCCGUAAAUUUGGUGUUAUAUUUG